CAUGGAUUAAGAAAUAUUCAUCAAAUAGCCUCUAGAUGACGAGAAGAUUGAUCAAUCUGAACAGUAAUGAAAUUUUUAAAUUUUUAUAGAUAAUCUUAAUUAAUGCAAAAUGAAGAAUCAUUAGAACAUUUAGUCAAUUCAUUAAUAUAAUAAUAAUAGCCGAAUGAAGAUGAUUAAUUUAAAUAAUAAAUUGGAAAGCGUAGAAUUAAUGACUAAAGGUAUUUUUUUGAACAAUAUAAAUUAAUGCUAUCAGAUUUACAUUCCAAGAAGAUAAGCGUAUCUUGGAAUUAGUUUAAUAGGUUGGUCCAAAUUUUAACAAAAUAGUCAAAUAGUUUCCAGGAAAAACAAUGAAUAUGAUAAAAAAUAGGUAUUAUAAAAAGCUGCGAUACAUUAAAGAAGAUCCUUAAAAUGAUUAAGAAUAAGUGAAAAAGCAUUCCAAAUCGAAAAAAGCAAAUUGAUUUUUUGAUUUAUUUAUAGACUAACUAUGCCACUUUUGUUUUGUCUUGUAAAGGCC